AUGAAGUCUAUGAUCGUGUUCUUUGCUGUGGCGGCUGUCGCUUGUGCCGCGCCACCGAGUGAGGAGUCCAACAAGGAAAAGCGAGGACUUUUGGAAGAAUCGUACGAUAAUUAUGGAUACGACAAUUACGGAGUGGGCUAUGGCGAUUACGCCACCAAAGAGAUUAAGCAUAUCAUCACGAAGAAGGUCCCAGUUCCGUACCCAGUUGAGGUGGAGAAGCACGUUCCGGUGCACGUUAAGGUCCCAUACCCAGUUGAAGUCGAGAAGAAGGUCCCAGUCGUCGUCGAGAAGAAGGUUCCAGUGUACAUCGAGAAGAAGGUCCCGGUUCAUGUCGAUCGUCCGUACCCAGUUGAAGUGAAGGUCCCAGUGAAGGUCCCGGUCUACAAGAAGGAAUACGUCGAGGUCCCGAAGCCAUACGCAGUUCAUGUCGAGAAGCCAUACCCAGUGUAUGUGAAGCAACCGGUGUAUGUCGAGAAGCAGGUCCCAGUGACUGUGCACAUCAAGGAGCACCAUAAGAAACACUACUGGAACUAA